AUGUCGAAGAUGAUUGAAAUCGCUUCGCAGGCCGACUUUUCAUUGCAUCUAGCCACUCUUUCGCCUUCAACGCUCCUCAUAGUGUAUUUCUAUACCCCAUGGGCCGAAUACUCCACACAAAUGAGUACCGGCAUGUCCACAAUUGCCUCGCAAUGCCCAGACACUGUUACACAGACCACCUCGUUUGUCCGCAUCAAUGCCAUAAAGCUGGUCGACAUUGCAAAGGAAUACAAGUUUCCAGUAGCGCCCUAUGUUCUUUGCCUGCGUAGUGAUCAGGUCCUCGAGUCAAUCAGAGGAUCUGACUCCUCCAAAGUCCGCAAUGCUAUUGGACAGGAUGCGGGUGUUGAUGCUAUAGUUGUUUCUGCACUCCUCGCUGACCCAGCACCUACCAUGGAAAAAUCGAAAGAGGAAAAAGAGGUCCUGAUUGCCCGGCUUACCCAGAUGGUCAAAUCUGCUCCUAUUGUGUUAUUCAUGAAGGGCACACCGAAGUCGCCUCUGUGCCGGUUCAGUCGCCGAAUGGUUGCUAUUCUGAAUGAGCAUUAUAUCCAGUAUGAUUCAUUUAAUAUAUUGGCCGAUGAAGAUGUUCGGGAGGGUCUAAAGGAGUUUGGUGACUGGCCUACAUUUCCCCAAUUGUGGAUUGACGGUCAGCUUGUGGGUGGGCUGGAGAUCGUUCGCGAGGAAAUAAUUACAGAUGCCAAGUUCAUUCGUCAAUACUCGGUCGCCAAAGCCGUGGGGGGUUGA